AUGACACGAAUGUGCUUUUUCUUCCUGCUGAUGAGUAACGCCGCUUCGGUCGCCACACAGUUUAACGGAUACAACUGUGACGCCAGCUACCACAGCAGGUUUCCUGGUGAGCGGGACAUCAGUGUGUACUGCGGGGUUCAGACCAUCACCUUGAAGAUCAACUUCUGCCCCGUGCUCUUCUCCGGCUACACCGACGCAGAUUUGGCCCUGAACGGUCGCCACACUGACGCCCAAUGCCGUGGCUUCAUCAACAACAACACCUUCCCCACAGCGGUCCUGUUCAGCAUCAGUCUCAGCACUCUGGAGGCCUGCGGUAACAGCCUGGUGGUCAGCACAGCCUAUGGGGCCAAUGCUUAUGGGAACAUGUCUCUGGUACAAAUUGGGAAUGUCUCAGGCUAUAUCGACACCCCUGACCCGCCAACUAUAAUCAGCUACCUGCCCGGUUUGUUGUAUAAGUUCAGCUGCAGCUACCCACUGGAGUACCUGGUCAAUAACUCACAGCUGGCAUCGUCCUCUGCUGCUAUAUCUGUCAAGGACAGCAACGGUACAUUUGUGAGCACGUUGAGUAUGAUUCUGUACAACGAUUCAACAUACAAUCAACCUCUCGCUAUUCCAAUGGCUGGACUGGCUCUGAAAACCAGAGUAUUUGCUGCUGUGAAAUCCACAAACUUAGACAAACGGUGGAACAUCUUGAUGGACUACUGUUACACAACCCCCUCAGGGAAUCCUAAUGAUGAACUCCGCUAUGACCUUUUCUUUGGCUGCUACAAAGACCCACAGACGACAGUUUUCGAAAAUGGAAAGAGUCAGUCGGGCCGUUUUUCCUUCGAGGUUUUCCGUUUUGUUAAACACAGACACCAGAAAAUGUCUACUGUGUUCCUGCACUGCGUCACCAAGCUUUGCCGGGCAGACGACUGCAUAAUGCUCAUGCCGAUUUGUGGGCGAAGGCGCAGGCGGGAUGAAGAGGAGAGCCUUGAUUCCCCACCAGCGGCAUCUGGGACUGCUGUCAUCACAGCUGGACCAAUCAUCACCAGGAGUGAUGAAACUCCUGUCAACAACUCCCAACUUGCAUCGGGAGACCCCACCCAUCCAUUAAACCCAGUGACCAGUGCGCUGAUCUCAGGCGUGGUCAUCCUGGGUGGGGUCAGUGCGGGCUUCUUCCUGCUGUCACUCCGCCUCCUGCAGAAGUCCCGCCUCCCAACAACCACAGCCUCAGGUGUUUGGAACACCACCUUUAAAUGA